AUGAGACGAUUCAGCAGGAUCGAAUUUAUUGAGCCUUGCUAUUCACCAUCACUCUCGGUCAGAGAAACCGCCAUUUUCAAACCAAGGCCAUUAUCAUUUCCCUCAUUUUUUGAAGAAGAACACGAUCUAAGCUUCACUUUCGAUCUCUUGACUCCUAAACCAUGUCCCUUGGAUAUUUUUGAUACUGUCACCGAUCUGGUCCAAAUUGACAAUACGCCGUCGCUUUACUACUACAAGAGAGUUCACAAGACGUUCACACCUGAGUUUGCGUUAGAGACUCUGUGCGACAGAGUUAGCGCGCUCGAGUCAAGAUUUGACAGGCUGGUCAACGCGACAGCCUACGGAGGGGAAAGGAAGUAUACGUGGACGGCGGAGAUUGAGGGCGGUCCGGUUGAGCGUAAGUAUAAAUGGACGGCUGAAAUUAAGGAAGGGACAUCAGGUGGUGAUGCAGGUGAGUGUAGCAGAUCUGAGAAGAAAGGGAAGAAAGAUAAGAAGGAAGGAGAGAAUAACACGCGUGUAGUGGAGAUCGAAGAGCCUGGCGAUCAUGGGGCCCUUGUUUUAAGACAGAGGAAGGCUUUUUCAAAAAGACCCGGAGCUGUUAGAAACAUCAGGGGCAAGAACAAGGAACUGUCUCCUCAAGAUGCGGCGAUAAUGAUUCAGAUGACUUUCAGAGCUUAUCUGAUUCGAAGAUCUCAGGCUCUUCGAGCCCUCAGAGAUCUUGCUGUUGCAAAGACAAAGUUGAAGGAGAUUAGAGCGUUGUUCAACAACUUAUCCUACCGUCGUCAAGUGGCUCGUGAUGCAGAAGAGCGACAAAGGUUCUCUGAGAAAAUCAUUGUUCUACUCCUCACUGUUGAUGCCAUUGAGGGAGCUGAUCCAAUGGUGAGAGCUGCAAAGAGGUCAAUGGUGGAUGAGCUGGAAACGAUGCUCGACACGGUGGACCCUCAACCAGCUGUGAGAUCUCUUUCGAUAAGGAAAAGGACCUUUGAUAUGCCUGAUAAAGUCAUUCAGAAGGAAAUCGCUGCAGGUGUUGCACAGGUUGUAAAAAUGAUUGAUGAAGAGAAGGGUGCCGGCACUUUUGAAGCAUGCAUAUGAGAAUAAGGUUAUAUAACUAACAAUCCCCACCCCCCUUGGUGUCACUUUUUAUGUGUUCUUAUGUAAGUGUUUAUCAUUACCUCUUUACAUUGCCUGAGGCUGAGGUGUACUGGAUCCUGCUUAGACUUGUAUUUAAAUUUGCAACCUGGGUGGACUUUUGUUUGUUGCCUUUUUUCUGUUUUGCAGUUUUUGCUGUGAAUUAGAGCUUGCUCAAGAAUGUUCGAGCUGGGCUCUUUUGAGAGAAAUCAAGUUUAAGUGUGGCUCGAGUUAGAGUUUGAAUCAAGUUUUGAGUUCGGCUUGACACUAAAA